AUGCUUGUCGGUUCCGACACUGCGUCGCUUGACGCGUUCCCCACCAACGUGGUGGUCUAUGACGAGCCGCUUCCUCGCACGGAGAGCGGCGGAAGCGCCGUCACGGAGGUGCUUGUCAUCGGCCACAGCGAGCACUCCGGCGGAGGUGCUCAUGACCCGCUCGAUGCGGCACUGCAAGACCUGAUGGCGCCCAUCCUAGAAGUCGCCGACGCCGAGAUGCUGGAAGCACGCCGCGUCCAGCUCGUCGAGAGAGCUAAGAAGCUGGCCAACAUGAGAUGCCUAUCGGAGGCCUACCAACGCGAGAUGGACCGCGCUGUGGGUGGCACGCCAGCUCCUGGCGGGCCUAGCCGCAUCGGCACGGUCCAGCAAUGCGAUACGCCAAAAUACACCGGCUCCGUGAAGCCGGAGGACUGGCUGGUCGACUACUCCACAGCCGUCAGUAUCGCAAAUGGCAACAAGCGCGUCGCCAUGAAGUACGUUCCGCUCAUGCUCCAGGGCACGGCCCGGACGUGGCUGAACAGCCUGAAGCCCAGCAGCAUCAACAGCUGGGUCAACUUCACCGAAGCAUUCAUCCGCAACUUCACCAGCACGUACAAGCGGCCGCCCAAGCCCCGUCAGCUCUCCUUGUGUGUCCAGGGCCCCAACGAGCCGACUCGCGACUACCUCACACGCUGGACCGAGCUUCGUAACUCUUGCGAGGGCAUGCACGAGGUGCAGGCCAUCGAGUGCUUCACCGCCGGGUGCCGAGAGGGCACCCUUCUUAAGCACAGGCUUCUCUGUGACGAGCCGGCGACCCUCGACGAGCUGCUGAUCAUAGCAGAUAAAUACGCCACGGCCAACUCCUCCAUGAAGGCAGAGAUCCAAGUGGUGGACCUUGAGAGCCCAUACCAUGCACUACUUGGCCGGCCUGCUCUGGCCAAGUUCAUGGCGGUCCCCCACUAUGCUUACCUCAAGAUGAAGAUGCCGAGUUCCAAGGGAAUUCUAACCAUAGCAGGGGAUUACAAGCAGUCAUCCGCCUGCGCGGCAGAUAGCAGCCGGCUGACCGAGUCCCUUGUGAUCGCGGCCGAGAAGCGGCUCCUUGACCGGGUUGUGGCGAUGGCAGGCAAGCAGCCGGAAAUGUCACCCAACCCCAAGGAGUCGGAAGCCGAGGGCUCGUUCAAGCCGGCCAAAGAGACAAAGAAGAUACCCUUGGACCCGGAGCACCCGGAGAGGCACACUGUCAUAGGAGCAAAUCUUGACAGCAAAUAG